AUGGGGGUUGUCUGUCCCUGUACUGAUCUGUGUGUGUACCAUGCCGUGCGCGCUGACGGGUUCGAUCUGCGUGUGCUUCUCCUGGCAGAUAUCGAGUGGGUGCAAGAGGAUAAAAUCACGCUCUUCACUUCCGAUGGGCUGGUUCAGAUAGGCGGUAACAUGGUGCCUCGUCGAGUCACCGCCUCCGAGAAGAGGCAACAAAAGGGAAAAGGCAAACCCCGCCGGUUUCAGGAGAGCUCUUACAUGGAUCCAAAUCAAAGUCUUUGCCUUGGAGCACUGUUUAACAUAGCAGCUACAAAUGGCCUGGACAUGGGUAGAAGAUUAUGCAUCUUUGGCUUUUGUCGGUCUAUUGAAAUGCUAAGCGAUGUGGUGGAAGAUACCGUCUUGGAGCAUGGUGGCGAGAUUGUCACUGCAGAGAAGGCGAGCAGUGACGGCCUUCAGGAGAAGCUGACCAUGUCGGUGGCUGUUCCGUUGCUGUGGGGUGUCCCUCCGGCAUCGGAGACCCUCCAUGUGGCCGUGCGGAGCGGCGGAGGCAUCGUGGACAAGAUCUACUGGCAGUGGGACCUGUUCUAA